AUGUACGGCUUCGAGCAAUCCACCACGUCUUCGGUGUACCCUUCCUCGUCAUGCGACGACGAGGGCAUCAUCACCGUCGUAGACCCCCAGGGCAAUGUCGUGUCCGUCAGCACGUAUGGAUGUCCAGGGGUAGACCUCAACAGCGUCCUCACGUCGUUCAUCGGGGCCCUCCAGGGCUCGGUCUCCGUGCUGCUCACCAUCGGCUACGGGAUCAUCGCGGGCCACUUCAAGCUCAUCAAGAACUCGAGCGCGAAGGACAUCAGCAAGCUCUGCGUGAAGCUCCUGCAGCCCGCCCUCCUCAUCAUUAACGUGGGCUCUGAGGCGCACCCGGAGACCCUCCCCCGCUAUUUUCCCAUCAUCGUCUGGUCUAUCGCGUACAACUUGGUCUCAAUAGCCAUCGGCGUCGUGGCGCGGCGAUGGUUCAAGAUGCCCAGCUUCGUUGCCCCGGCUUGCGCAUUCAACAACACGACCUCACUCCCCCUUCUCCUCGUCCAGUCCUUCGCUGUCACGGGUCUGCUGGAUGCGAUCCUCUUGCCUGGCGAGAGCGCAUCUGAUGCAGUGAACCGCGCAAAGUCUUACUUCCUCAUCAACGCCGUCAUCGGGAGCUCCCUCACGUUCUCGCUCGGUCCUGGCCUGCUGAACCCGCAAGACGAGGAUGGGCCGUCCCCGCCGCAGACGCCAGGCAUCAGCGCCGGCCUCAACGGAAGAUUGCACCCACCUGGCCCGCCUCCACUUGCCGUAGCCGAUGACUUGACUGAAAGAGGCGAGGCAUCAGAACGCACAGCGCUUCUGGGAUAUGAGCAGAGUCGCAAGGGGUCCUCUGGCAUCCUUGUACGCGGCAAGGAGGCAUAUGCCUCCCUUCCAUCCUUCGUGAAGAGCGUCCUCAGUUUCUUCACACAAUUUAUGAACGCGCCAUUCAUCGGCGCUCUCAUUGGUCUUCUGCUAGGCAUGGUUGGACCGCUUUAUGAUCAAUUCUUUGACUCCGAAGGCUUCUUCUCUGGCUGGCUCACUGCAAGCGUCCGCAACAUCGGAGAUCUCUUUGCCUCACUGCAGGCUCUGACUGUCGGCGUCAAACUUCUCAAUAGCUACAGAGAUAUGAAGCGUGGCGAGGACGCCGGACCCAUGCCCUGGGGCACGACCGUCUUCAUCACCUUCAUCCGCUUCAUCUUCUGGCCAGUGGUCGGCAUUCCCAUCGUCUACGUCCUCGCGCAGAAGACGACGAUGCUAAACAGCGACCCUGUGCUCUGGUUCUGCAUGAUGCUGAUGCCUGUCGGGCCGCCUGCGCUAAAGCUGCUGGCGCUCGCGGAUGUCAGCGGGGCAGAGGAGAAAGAGAAGUCGUCGCUUGUGAAGUUCCUAUCUGCUUCGUACCUCAUCUCGCCUAUUAUUUCCAAAAUGUCGGAAGCCCGCAUCGUCACCUACGAUGAGCUCAAGGCGCACAAGAGCAAGGACAGCAUGUACCUGCUCAUCUCGGGGAAGGUGUACGACGUGACGAAGUUCUUGGACGAGCACCCGGGAGGCGACGAGGUUAUCAUCGCCGAGGGUGGUCAGGACGGCACGGAGGCGUUCGAGGACGUCGGGCACUCUGACGAGGCGCGCGCGCUGCUGCCCGGCAUGUACAUUGGUGACUUUGAGAAGAACAGCGAAUUGAAGAUCAAGGAGGCUAAGAGCGCCGCGGAGCAGAAGGUGUCCUCUGCCGUCGAGACCGGCUCCAACAUGAUGUACUUCGUUCCCCUCAGCUUGCUCGGUGCCUACUUUGCAUGGCGCUUCUACACCACGGGCUCAGCAUGA